CACGGAAAGCCGAAGCGCCACCUGGCUGGGAAAUCCCUCUUGCCGCCACACCGGGGCGAAUGUCUGCCUCCAGGAAGCGAGAGGGGAGGCGACGAAGCUCCUCCUCACGGCCCGGCCGCGUAAGAGGUCGCCGCCGGAACCAGGAACAAGCGAGGCCGAGGCACUCUAGCGGCCUGGUCGGCGUGUAGCGAAAGCAGCUUUUCCCCUUCAAGAAAAAGAGUACAGGCCGAGCAGGCAGGCGGGGAGGCCGGCCGGUGCCGCCAUGCUGGCCGGCUGCGGUCGUGUGGCGCGGUCUGCCGCGACCGGCCUGAGGUGGGGCCCGCCCGGCCGGGCCGGCUGCUCCGCUCCCCAGAGAUGGGUCAGCACCAGCUGGUCCCCGGUGGGCGCUGCCUUUAACGCUCAGCAGCAGCACCGGCGGGAGCUGGGGAAGAAAACGGGUCUGUUUGGUGUACCAGAGUUGAGUUGUCCAGAAGGAUUUCAAGAAGCUCAAGAAAAAUCACUGCAAGAAACAGAACGGCUAGUACAAAAAGCAUGUACUACACCGCCUGGGAAGGAGAUAGUCAUGAUCUUUGAUCAGCUCUCAGAUGCUUUGUGUAGAGUAGCAGAUCUGGCUGACUUUGUGAAAAUUGCCCAUCCAGAUUUUGCUUUCAGAGAGGCUGCUGAGGAAGCCUGCAGAAGCAUUGGCACUAUGGUAGAAAAAUUAAAUACAGAUGUAGAUUUGUGCCAAAGUCUAAGAAAGUUGUUGGCUGAUAAAGGUGUAAUGGCGUCCCUUGAUCCAGAAACAAGGCGAGUAGCAGAACUUUUCAUGUUUGAUUUUGAGAUCAGUGGUAUUCAUUUGGAUGAAGAAAAGCGAAGAAGAGCAGUAAAUCUCAAUGUCAAAAUAUUGGAUUUGUGUAAUGAAUUUCUCAUAGGAUCUCAUCUUCCAAACAAGGUUGACAAGCACAUUUUACCAGAACACAUUCGGCAUCAUUUUGCAGUUGAAGGCAAUUAUGCCCAAAUCAGUGGUCUCAGUGCUGAUAGUCCUGAUGAUCUGGUACGUGAAGUUGCCUACAAGGUUUUCCUGUACCCAAAUGCUCAGCAAUUACACUGUUUAGAGGAACUUCUUACCAGCAGAAACCUUCUGGCCCAGUUAGUAGGAUAUGAUACAUUUGCUCAUCGGGCUCUUCAGGGGACAAUGGCCAAAACUCCAGAGAAAGUAAUGCAAUUUCUUGAGAAGCUUUCAGAUAAGUUAUUCAGUCGUACUCUAAAGGAUUUUGAAAUGAUGAAAGGCAUGAAAAUGAAACUAAAUCCUAUAAAAUCAAAAUUGAUGCCUUGGGAUCAUCCAUACCACAGUGGUGUCCUGCGUGCUGAGAGGUAUAAUAUUGAACCCAGCCUGUAUUGCCCCUUUUUCUCUCUUGGAGCAUGUAUGGAAGGCCUGAACAUCUUGUUCAAUAAACUCUUAGGGAUCUCUCUUUAUGCUGAACAGACCGUGAAGGGAGAGGUGUGGUGUGAGGAUGUUCGCAAACUGGCAGUUGUCCAUGAACAAGAAGGAUUAUUGGGAUACAUCUAUUGUGAUUUUUUUCAAAGACCAGACAAGCCUUAUCAGGAUUGCCACUUUACGAUACGUGGAGGCAGACUAAAAGAAAAUGGAGAAUACCAGCUUCCUGUUGUUGUCCUUAUGCUAAGUUUGCCCCAUUCCACUAGUAGUUCACCAACAUUGCUUACUCCUGGGAUGAUGGAGAAUCUCUUCCAUGAAAUGGGACAUGCCAUGCAUUCUAUGCUGGGAAGGACUCAAUACCAACAUGUCACUGGGACAAGAUGUUCUACAGACUUUGCUGAAGUUCCCUCUAUCUUGAUGGAGUAUUUUGCAAAUGAUUAUCGAGUGGUGAACCAAUUUGCAAGGCACUAUAAAACGGGUCAGCCAUUGCCCAAACAUAUGGUGUCAAGACUCUGCGAAUCUAAGAAAGUUUGUGCUGCUGCCGACAUGCAGCUUCAGAUCUUUUAUGCUGUCUUGGACCAAAUAUACCAUGGGAAACAUCCUCUAGAGAAGUCAACCACAGAGAUUUUGAAGGAAACUCAAGAGAAAUUCUAUGGAUUGCCAUACGUUCCUAAUACUGCUUGGCAACUCAGAUUCAACCAUCUUGUGGGCUAUGGGGCCAAGUAUUAUUCCUACCUUAUGUCCAGGGCUGUCGCAUCCAUGGUUUGGAGACAAUGUUUCGUACAGGAUCCCUUCGACAGGGCAAUGGGUGAACGUUACCGUAGAGAAAUGCUAGCACAUGGUGGAGGAAAAGAACCCAUGCUCAUGGUUCAAGGUAUGCUUCAGAAACGUCCGUCAGUGGAAGACUUUGUGGAUGCCCUUGUUUCAGACUUGGAUCAGGAUUUUGAAACGUUCUUCAUGGAUUCUGAAUAGCAAGAGAAGAAAAUUAAGCUUUCCGGUGAAGAAUUUUGAAAAAGGCGUGUACCAUCAACAGUGUACACAGAACUCUUGUGGGUUGCAUUGCUGCAUCCUCAUGAGUGCUUGGGUAAAAUAAAUGAUUUACCUGAAGAGCAGGAUGUUUUUUCAUUACGGAUAGAUCGUCAUAGCCAAGGCUUUGAAACAGGUAUGCUUUGCAUUCCUGUUAACCUAUUUGAAAACAUAUUCUUAUAUGAACACGUGACAGCUGAUAGGCCAGGGUUACCAAUAGCAUAGGACAGCCUUAUGUAGGUACUAACGGCAUGUGCUGUAAUGGGCAUGGCCACUGGGUGCCCAUGGAGAAGUGCCCAAUGGGUACUAUCCCACACCCUUCUGUGAGUUCACUGAAUGCACUGGAAGGGUGUUGGUACAAACCUCUUAUGUGAUUACACUGGAAGCCUCUUUUGUCUGUUUACCCAUGAUUUUAAACUAACAGAAAGCAAGUAACAUUUGCAAAUGGGAAGUGAAGAAUUGCCAGCCAGUCAGAAGAAAAGAGG